GCAGCCGAUGAGACUCCAUCCACCCAGUCCUCUCAGACCUUCUCCCCACAUCGCGUCCAGCGCCUCUGUGCUGCGUCUCUCCGUCUGUCCCCGUCGUCUCCGUGCGUCUCCCGGGGGCCACGAGACCCUCGUCUGCGCAGGCCUGCGGGCUUCCUCUCUCUUUUCCGCUGUCUUCCUCUUCCUCUUGGCGGUGGUCGCGCUCUCCCUGAUCGCUGCGUGGCCAACCGGUCCUCCUGACCGCGUUUUUCUGGACUCCCCGGCCCUCCUCCGUCUGGGGGUCUUAUUCUCUUGAUAAUGCAGAGCUUUUGGAGCGAGGUGGCUAACCUCAGGAGAGAUUCAAGUGCCAGAUCGACCAGAGCUUCGGGAAACGAUGAUGAGGCAGUUGUGGAUCUGGGAAAGACCAGCUCCACCAUCCACACAAACUUUGAGAAAGAAGAGCUGGAAAGUCACAGGGCGGUGUACGUUGGGGUCCAUGUCCCUCUGGGGAAGCAGAGCAGGCGGCGACAUCGUCACCGUGGACACAAACAUCACCGCAAGAGAAAAGAGCGAGGCUCUGACCGCGAGGACGGGAGAGAGUCGCCAACAUACGACACGCCGUCCCAGAGAGUGCAGUUCAUCUUGGGGACAGAGGACGAUGACGAGGAGCACAUUCCCCAUGACCUUUUCACCGAGAUGGACGAGCUGUCCUUCCGCGACGGACAAACCUACGAGUGGAAGGAGACAGCAAGGUGGCUGAAGUUUGAGGAGGACGUGGAGGACGGGGGAGACCGCUGGAGUAAGCCCUACGUGGCCACGCUGUCCCUGCACAGCCUGUUCGAGCUCCGCAGCUGCAUCCUCAACGGCACCGUCAUGCUGGACAUGAGAGCCAACAGCAUCGAGGAGAUCGCAGACAUGAUCAUCGACAGCAUGGUGGCGUCGGAGCAGCUGGACGAGAGCCUGAGUUCAAAGGUCAGGGAAGCCAUUUUGAAAAAGCACCACCAUCAGAACGAGAAGAAGCUGAGCAACCGCAUCCCGCUGGUGCGCUCCUUUGCAGACAUAGGCAAGAAACACUCCGACCCACACUUGCUUGAGAAAAACGGGGAGAAUCUGUCCACCUCCCGACACUCCCUCCUACGCCACGCCUCCCACCCCGGCCUGUCCACUCGCCGGGUGUCCGACAUCCUCUCGGGCCUCCUCCUGCACCCCUCCCAGUCCCACUCCCCCUCCACCACCCCGCAAAACACGCCCCCCCUGUCCCGGCGCUGUUCGGCCCCACCCGCGCCCACCGACAAGCUCCAUCUGGAGUGGGAGGGCAUCCCGGAGGUGGUGGUGGAGCCACCCGAGGAAGCUGAGCCGUCCGAGGAAGAAGAGCGGCUGGAGAAGGAGCCGAGGCCAGCGGAACCCCUGGGGCCCGUGCCUCCGGGGCCUGAGCGCUCCUCGCAGCUGCAGCUGCCACAAGAAGGACUCCUGGCGUCUCCACAGUCAGCCCCGGGUAACCUGGACAACAGCAAGCCCAGUGAGAGCCGCAUUGCCGGGGGCAGCCGGGAGAACAGCACCGUGGACUUCAGCAAGGUGGACAUGAACUUCAUGAAGAAGAUCCCUCCCGGCGCCGAGGUGUCCAACGUGCUGGUGGGGGAGGUGAACUUCCUGGAGAGGCCCAUCAUCGCCUUCAUCAGGCUGUCCCCCGCCGUGCUGCUGACGGGCCUGACCGAGGUGCCCAUCCCCACCAGGUUUUUGUUUCUGUUGUUAGGACCCUCCGGCAACAAGACACAGUACCAUGAGAUCGGGAGGUCCAUCGCCACGCUAAUGACAGACGAGGUUUUCCAUGACGUUGCUUACAAAGCCAAAGACAGGACCGACCUCUUGUCUGGCAUAGAUGAGUUUUUAGACCAGGUGACGGUGUUGCCCCCGGGAGAAUGGGACCCCAAGAUACGAAUCGAGCCCCCAAAGAGCGUCCCAUCUCAGGAAAAGCGCAAGAUGCCCCUCCAGCCCAACGGCUCUGCAGCAGCGUCGGAAAUGGUGAAGGAGGAGGACCACCAACCAGGGCCUGAGCUCCAGAGGACUGGGAGGUUUUUCGGAGGCCUGGUGCAGGACGUGCGGCGCAAGGCUCCGUUCUACUGGAGCGACAUCCGGGACGCCCUCAGCCUGCAGUGCCUGGCCUCCAUCCUCUUCCUCUACUGCGCCUGCAUGUCCCCCGUCAUCACCUUCGGGGGGCUGCUGGGGGAGGCCACUAAGGGCAACAUUAGUGCCAUCGAGUCUCUUUUCGGGGCGUCUCUCACAGGCGUGGCCUUCUCCCUGUUUGCGGGACAGCCCCUCACAAUCCUAGGCAGCACGGGGCCGGUCUUAGUCUUUGAGAAGAUCCUCUACAAGUUCUGCAAGGACUACGGCCUGACGUACCUGUCUCUGCGCACCAGCAUCGGCCUGUGGACGGCCUUCCUCUGCCUGGUGCUGGUCGCCACGGACGCCAGCUCCCUGGUCUGCUACAUCACGCGCUUCACGGAGGAAGCCUUCGCCGCCCUCAUCUGCAUCAUCUUCAUCUACGAGGCCCUGGAGAAGCUCUUCCAGCUGGGCGAGAUGUUCCCCGUCAACAUGCACAACCAGCUGGACAACCUCACCUUCUACACGUGUCAGUGUUCGCCACCGGCCAACGUAACCACAGAAACGACACAGCUCUGGAACCAAUCAGGCUUCACGCCAGACUCCAUACCCUGGAGUAACCUCAAUGUGUCCAUGUGCCACAAUUUACAUGGGGAGUUUGUGGGCUCGGCCUGUGCGCAUGAAGGCCCCUACAUCCCUGAUGUGCUCUUCUGGUCUGUCAUCCUCUUCUUCACCACCUUCUUCCUCUCCUCCUUCCUCAAGCAGUUUAAGACCAAGCGCUACUUCCCCACCAAGGUGCGGUCGUGUAUCAGUGACUUUGCUGUAUUUCUGACCAUCAUGGUCAUGGUCCUUGUCGACUACCUUGUGGGCAUACCCUCUCCGAAACUGAAUGUCCCUGACCGCUUUGAGCCAACCUCGAAGCACCGCGGCUGGUUCAUCUCGCCCCUGGGGGAUAACCCCUGGUGGACGCUGCUGGCGGCGGCCAUUCCGGCUCUGCUCUGCACCAUCCUCAUCUUCAUGGACCAGCAGAUCACCGCAGUCAUCAUCAACCGCAAGGAGCACCGGCUCAAGAAAGGCUGCGGCUACCACCUGGACCUGCUGGUGGUGUCUCUGAUGCUGGGCGUGUGCUCGGUCAUGGGCCUGCCCUGGUUCGUGGCGGCCACCGUGCUCUCCAUCUCCCACGUCAACAGCCUGAAGCUGGAGUCGCACUGCUCCGCCCCCGGCGAGCAGCCCAAGUUCCUGGGCAUCCGUGAGCAGAGGGUGACGGGCUUCAUGAUCUUCAUCCUCAUGGGCAUGUCCGUCUUCAUGACCUCCGUGCUGAAGUUCAUCCCCAUGCCGGUGCUUUACGGAGUCUUUCUGUACAUGGGCGUCUCCUCGCUCAAAGGCAUUCAGUUCUUUGACAGGUUAAAGCUGUUCGGCAUGCCGGCCAAGCACCAGCCGGACCUGAUCUACCUGCGCUACGUGCCGCUGUGGAAGGUGCACGUCUUCACCAUCGUGCAGGUCACCUGCCUGGUGCUUCUGUGGGUCAUCAAGGCCACCGCUGCCGCCGUCAUCUUCCCCAUGAUGGUGCUGGCCCUGGUGUUCGUACGGAAGCUAAUGGACAUGUGCUUCACUAAGCGUGAGCUCAGCUGGCUGGACGACCUGAUGCCCGAGAGCAAGAAGAAGAACGAGGACGACAAGAAAAAGAAGGAGAAGGAGUUGCAGGAGGCGGAGCAUAUGCUGGACACACACACCGAGGCCAUGCCAUACGAUGAGGGCAACUCGCUCAACAUCCCCGUGAAAGCGCUCAAAGUCAGCUCUGACCCCUCUGUCGUAAACAUUUCUGACGAAAUGGCCAAAACCGGCAUGUGGAAAGCUGUCGCCAUGAACGCUGACAGCGGCAAAACGUUGAAACCUAGCCCAAGCCAGGAGAAGGUGUCCAAUGUAAAGAUCUGCGUUGAGGACGAGCAGGGGACAGAGAAGUUUGUGGAUGCAGAGACAUCUUUGUGAGAGUAGGGAGGCACACACACACACACACACACACACACACACACACACACAGAGUACUCU